AUGGCCGAAGUCGGCGAGGACAGCGGCGCCCGCGCCCUGCUGGCGCUGCGCUCCGCGCCCUGCAGCCCCGUGCUGUGCGCCGCGGCCGCCGCCGCCGCCUUCCCCGCCGCCGCGCCCCCGCCGGCCGCCGCACCCCCACCCGGGCCGCCGGCGCAGCCUCCGCAGCCCCCGCCCGGGCCGCCGCCGCCGCCACCGCCGCCACUGCCGCCCAGCGCGAUCGCGGGCUCCGGCUCCGGCUCGGGCGCGGGUGCGGCGCCGGCCCUGGUGGCUGCGGCGGCCGCUUCGGUGCGGCAGAGCCCAGCGCCCGCGCUGGCGCGCCUAGAGGGCCGCGAGUUCGAGUUCCUCAUGCGGCAGCCCAGCGUCACCAUCGGCCGCAACUCGUCGCAGGGCUCGGUGGACCUGAGCAUGGGCCUGUCGAGUUUCAUAUCGCGGCGCCACCUGCAGCUCAGCUUCCAGGAGCCUCACUUCUACCUGCGCUGCCUGGGCAAGAACGGUGUCUUCGUGGACGGGGCCUUCCAGCGGCGCGGCGCGCCCGCCCUGCAGCUGCCCAAGCAGUGUACUUUCCGAUUCCCCAGCACAGCCAUAAAGAUCCAGUUCACAUCACUAUACCACAAAGAGGAGGCUCCGGCCUCCCCUCUCCGGCCGCUCUACCCACAGAUCUCACCUCUCAAGAUCCACAUCCCGGAGCCGGAUCUCCGGAGCCUGGUCAGCCCCGUGCCCUCCCCAACUGGCACCAUCAGUGUCCCCAACUCCUGCCCGGCCAGUCCUCGUGGUGCUGGGUCCUCAGGUUACCGCUUUGUCCAGAACGUGACUUCGGACCUGCAGCUGGCAGCAGAGUUUGCAGCAAAGGCCGCCUCGGAGCAGCAAGCAGACACCUCAGGAGGGGACAGCCCCAAGGAUGAAUCGAAGCCGCCGUACUCAUACGCGCAGCUGAUCGUACAGGCCAUCUCCUCGGCCCAUGACCGGCAGCUGACACUAAGUGGCAUCUACGCCCAUAUCACCAAACAUUACCCCUACUACAGGACUGCCGACAAGGGCUGGCAGAAUUCUAUCCGACACAACCUCUCUCUGAACCGUUACUUUAUUAAAGUCCCACGUUCCCAGGAGGAGCCUGGGAAAGGGUCUUUUUGGCGAAUAGACCCUGCCUCAGAAGCUAAACUUGUGGAACAGGCAUUCCGGAAACGGAGGCAGAGAGGCGUUUCCUGCUUCCGCACUCCCUUUGGGCCUCUGUCCUCAAGGAGUGCCCCAGCCUCACCCACUCACCCUGGGUUGAUGUCCCCUCGUUCAAGUGGCCUGCAGACUCCAGAGUGUGUGUCUCGAGAGGGCUCACCCAUCCCACACGACCCCGACUUUGGGUCAAAGUUAGCUGCUGUUCCAGAGUAUCGGUAUUCCCAAAGUGCACCCGGCUCACCUGUUAGUGCCCAGCCAGUGAUCAUGGCUAUGCCUCCCCGACCAUCCAGUUUGGUGGCCAAGCCUGUGGCCUACAUGCCAGCCUCCAUAGUGACUUCACAGCAGCCUGCUGGCCACGCGAUCCACGUCGUGCAGCAGGCCCCCACGGUCACCAUGGUUAGGGUGGUCACCACCUCUGCCAGCUCUGCCAAUGGGUACAUCCUGGCCAGCCAGGGCUCAGCAGGAGGCUCCCAGGACGCUGCAGGCACAGCUGUGCUGGACCUGGGCAGUGAGGCCAGAGGCCUGGAAGAGAAACCCACCAUCGCAUUUGCCACAAUCCCCACAGCCAGCGGAGUGAUCCAGACAGUGUCCAGCCAGGUGGCCCCUGGAGUCCCCGGACACACAGUCACCAUUCUGCAGCCAGCCGCACCAAUGGCCAUUGGGCAGCACCACCUUCCCGUCCGGGCCGUCACACAGAACGGAAAGCAUGCUGUGCCUACGAACAGUCUAGCUGGCAGCGCCUACGCCCUUACCAGCCCCCUGCAGCUCCUGGCAGCCCAGGCGAGUUCGUCCACACCAGUGGUGGUCACCCGGGUGUGUGAGGUGGGACCCGAGGAGUCAGCAGCAGCUGGCACAGCAGUGGCCACUGCUAUACCAGCCACCACCACCGGCACCACUGUCACCUCAGCCUCUUCCACUGGCGAGCCCGAGGUCAAAAGGUCCCGGGUAGAAGAGCCCAGUGGGACUGGAACUACACAGGCCGGGGUCAUCACAGCCACUGGCCCCCAGGGGCCGAGCCCUGGGGAGUGAUAUCACCUGCACCGGGUAGAGUGGGACUCACCCAGCAGCGCCCAGAGCUGGGCCUGGCAGUGCCAGUGGCCGCGCCCACAGACACAGGAGCUAACAGUGGCCUGCAGUGCCCAGUGAGCAGGUGGCUCAGCAGCAGCAGCCCCUGGACACAUCUAGCCCUUUCCAUUUUAUCUCCUGUCCUCUCAUGGUUCAAAACAAAAACACAUAAACAAGUUCAGACAACUGAUUGUAUGAUUCUGGGAAUUCUUUGUUUUUUCUCCUCUUCCCUCAGCACCAUAUCCUCUCCCCAGGCCUCUGUCAGGGGCAUGGGGAGAAGGUUGUAGCUCAGCAUGUCCAGGAAUGUGUCAGACGCCCCCCACGAGCAGAAUAAGGCUCCGUGGCUUCUGUGUCUGGUUGAAGGAACAGCCUCAUCCCAGGAGGCUGGACAGAAGUGGCCAGUACACACCAAGGUCCACACAGGAAGGAUGCCAGGUGGCCGCAUGCCUGUCAGGAGCAGCCUGGGAACCGGCAGAGGAAGGCAGGAGCAAGCUGACUGCACACUGUUCUGUGGUGUCUUUUCCCCAAACGUGAUGUAGAAAGUAUCAGCAUUAAUUUGGAGGGGCCCAGGUUUGGCUUUGGACCCCAACUUUCUUAUUUUAUGUAAACAUGGAAUUUAGGCUGAGUCAUAAAUCUGAAACAAACAAAAAAGAUAAUUAUUUUUGACAUGUUAUUUUGUUUUUAUCUUCAGACAGUUUAACAACUGUGGGUGUGGGGUUCUCACUGGCAUUAGGCCCCCUGGAGAGUAAACCUGCCACCACUCUGUCUGCUAACUUCAAGUAAGAUGGACGGCGUCCUGCCUGGUGUCUACGAGGAUGAAAGAUCAGACCUGAGCCAGCCCUCUUGCACCUGGCACUAGAGGCAGGAGGACCUGCCGUGUUCACCAGUGGUUUUGUCGUCCUGAGGUUGAUGGAUACAGUGGGACCCACCAGUGCCAAGCGCAGUCUGCCCCAUGCUGCUUGUCCCCAGAUUACAGCUUCCUGACCACCGGGUCUAAUCUACUGUCAUAAAUUUGAAUGCUUUUUUCUCCCUGACCUGAAGCACUAGGGCCCUGGUCAGCCAGCAGAAAGGAGACUUCUGUGCAGCAGUCGGUGAGCAGGCUGUGCCCCCCAUGAUCCACUCCCGCUAACUGACUUGGCUUUGUAGCCAGCACACUGAGAACCACAGGACAGGCUGCUCUGAGUGAUCAUGCCGCUCCCGGGUCCCCUCAGGAUGUCCCUGUACCAGAGCCAGGGCUGGCUAGUGUUUGGCCCAAUUUGGGGAUGAGAUUGGAGUCCUUCAGCUUCUCACAUUUUCAGGAAAUGCUACAUGCAUCUACAUAAAGAUUGACUUUAAGUUUUGCCAGUCAGUCUGAUACUGAGCAGACCACAACUAGAAAGGACAAAUUUGAGAGGUCCAGAAGUCUCAGAUGAGUGGCUAUUGUUAGAAGUAGCCUGUCCUCAGCAUCCCAGCCUCCCACCAGCCUCAGCCAUGGCCCUGGUAGAGAAGCUGCAGAAAGAUCCAGUUUCCUGGAGAGUGUCUGAGGGAACAGCAGAUGGUCCCGCAAGAACCAGGACCUAAGUGGGCAUGGGCUGCUUUAAAGGGACAAUGCCUUUCAAAAUGAUUCUGAGGUGGUGCAGGAAGACUGGCAGCCACUGUGACCCGGCCACAGCCACACCAGGGCCACUGCCCCCCAGGACACGUGUAGAAUGUCUGCCUUGUGUCUGGGCGGGGAAAAUCCCCAUUCUGUUGUUUUUUAAGCCCCUCUAAUCAGUUGUUUCUAUGGCACUAAACUCUAAGUAGGAAAUAAGCUCUUUUUUGCAGUCCAUACCU